CAUUCUUCCAUUCGCGACGAAUGGGUUACCAACCAAUCGUCGAUUGCCGUUAAUUCAGCCAUAGUGAUAGAGGAAGCGAGGAAGGAGACGACCGCUCUUUUCUGCUUCCUGCAGGUUAUAUAUUUCCAUCUUCUCCUCCUCGAAGACUCUCUGAGCGUUCUUUGGGUUCCUCCUCUUUGCCCCUUCCUGUGUUCCUGUUAGCUCGCUUCUCUAAGUUGGUGCUCCGUAAAGUAUUAGAAGCAUUCAGAUAACCCGUCGGCAUUUGCUUUCGAGAUUUGAUCAUAUACAACCAGAAGCUUGAACUUUUGUACUUGAUUCAGGUUGUCUAUUUCUCUUGCAAAGCAAGAAUCUGUCAUCACCAUGGAAGCAUUAGCAUCCCCGUGCUACUCUGACAUGGGAAUGGAUCAGAGCUCCUUCAAGCGGUGGGAGCUGUCUGCUUUAGAUCAGUUCAGCGCACAACAACUAGAAGUGGCACUCGGAUCUCCCUCCUCUGAGAGCUAUACUUCACUCCCUUCAUGCCAUCCACCCAACGAAAUAGUCACUGCGGCAUGGCAUUCGGACUUACAUGACGGUGCUGCAGCGACGGCGAAAAUGAAAGCAGAGAUGAAGGAUGUCCUGGUUCUUGAUGGCUCAAAACGGAAGUGGGACAUCAUGAUUCGCCAUGGAACCAAGAGGCCGAGCAUGGGGAACAGCUCGGCCUCCCACAACCAGGAACACGUCAUGGCCGAGAGGAAGCGAAGGGAGAAGCUCACGCAGAGAUUUAUAGCGCUGUCGGCAGUGGUUCCCGGCCUCAAGAAGAUGGACAAGGCCUCUGUUCUUGGCGAUGCCAUCAAGUACCUGAAGCAACUACAAGAGAAGGUCAAGAGCCUGGAGGAUCAAGUUGCCAAGAGGAAUACCGAGUCAACGGUGCUUGCGAAGAGAUCAUACGACGAACGCCAACGUUGUGGGUCGCUCCUGGUGGAGAUCGAAGCGAGAGUGUUCCAAAAGAGCAUCCUAAUUAAGAUCCACUGCGAGAACCAGAAAGGAGUGUUGGUGAAAGCACUCUCCGAGAUCGAGAAGCUCCACCUUUCUGUAAUAUGCACGAGUGCCAUGUCCUUCGCUAUUUCUUCUCUCGACAUCACUGUGAUGACUCAGAUCGAAGAGGAAUUCUGCAUGACAGCGAAGGACCUGGUGAAGAAGCUGAACUCAGCUCUCAUGUGAUAGAAAAGAAAGGAAAGGAGCUUUUUUCUUUUUGCUUAAGACUAGGCUGAUCGGAGCUUAUUCUCCUUCCAAAGACAUCAUUAUGGACUUGUACUUUCGGGUUCUUCUCUUCCCCUGAGCUACUUGAUGCUGCUUUUGGGAAGAGAGCAGUGAGAAAAUUAGUCCUGUUUUCUUCCUCCUCUUUUUCUGAAUGCUAUUAUGGGGAAAGUUGUUCUGCCUUUCUCUUCA